CAGUGAACGAGUCGAUAGCUCAGUUGCCAUUGCUGAACGAACGCCAGUGUCUAGUGAGUUGAUACAUCGGACAGAGACGGAACCUUUUGAUGUGUCAUCGAAAUUAGUUGGCCAAAUCAACGUCAAGUGUAUCUCUUGUUUAUAGUUGUUUGGUUGGUUGGUUUGUGUGUCGAGAGUGAGGCCGGCCAUCUGCACGAUAACUUUGCAGGAGUGUAAGUCAGUGAAGAAAUGGAUUGUUGACGGGGUAAACAUUUGAUUUGAUCAACGCCGUUUAUCUGUGGUGCCCGUUGGAGAGAAAGAAACGAAGAGUCGGAGAUGGAAGACGAAAGCGCUUACAUUUCGCACAGUGGCCUGGUGGCUCGAAGCCCGCAAGGGCACGCUGCCACCAGUAUGCCCAUCAAAGGCAACGAAGAGAUUUGGGUGGAGAUUCAGACCCACACGUUCCGCAACUGGGUAAACGACAUGCUCAAGGAGACGGGCUUCCAGGUGCGCGAUCUAAGCACCGACCUCUGCGAUGGCGUCCGCCUAGUGGCCCUUAUCGAGGUCCUCCAAAAGCGAAAACUGCGCAACGUUCUCCGGCCCGUCAAUCAGCACCAGAUGCUGGAAAACGCAACCACCGCCCUCAACGCUAUCACCGCUGACGGCAUCAAACUUGUCAACAUUGGUAACGUCGACAUUGUCAACGGGAAUCUGAAACUAAUAUUAGGCCUCAUCUGGUCACUAAUUGUCCAUUACCAAAUCGGGCGUUCCAAAUUCCCGCCCAAAAAGUUGAUGUUAGCAUGGCUCAAGGCCGUUUUACCAGAGACGGGUGUCCACAAUUUCACCACCGACUGGAACAGCGGAAUACGAUUAGCUGCCCUGUUGGAUUAUUGUAAACCUGGUCUUUUCCCCAAUUGGCGUGAGCUCGACCCAAGGAAUAGUGUGGAGAAUUGUCGACGUGCCAUGGAAUUGGCCCAAAAAGUCUUUGACAUUCCGAUGGUUUUGGAGCCAGAAUAUUUGGCUUCGCCGUAUUUGGAUGAUUUGUCUGGAAUGACUUAUCUCUCCUAUUUCAUGAAGGAGAACAGUCCUGGAUUUUUCGCCACGCUGCGCUGGGUUAACAGUCAAAUACCUCAGAUGAAAAUUAAUAAUUUCACGUCAAAUUGGAAUGACGGCGUCGCCGUUUGUUCGUUGGUCCACUCGCUCGGAGGACCUGUUCCAGGAUUUAAUAAUCUCUCGCGCGAUCCUGAAAACUGGGAGAGCAAUCUUGAAUUGGGAAUCCACGGAGGUGAACGUCUGAACGUGGAGCCGGUGCUCAAAGCUGUCGAUAUGGCCGAUCCCAACGUGGAACAUUUAGGUGUCAUGGCCUACGCUGCCUAUUUCCAGUGGGUGAAAGCCCGUCCAAAGCCAUGCGACCGCUUGAAAAUCAUUCCCGAUGGCAAAACUGUUCGCGUCCAUAAUCCGGCGAAUUUCAAAAUCGAAUAUCUGGUUCCAGACGUUGACAUCAAGGAGAUAACAGCCGAGGUGCGGGGGCCCAGCGGCGAAGUUGAGUGUCGCCUUAACUUGACUCCCACGGGUGGAAGUGGCUCGUUUAUUCCCACAGAAGUCGGGAUGCAUGAGUUGACCGUCUACUGUGAGGGAGAAGUAGUCACCGGCUGCCCGGUUCGCAUCCGUGCCCUACCGGAUUUAUCGCAGAUCAUGUUCUCGGGAAUCGAUCCGUGUGCGCUCGGCUCAAUCGUCGAAGUGUUGAUUAAUUCAAAUGGCGCCGGCGGAGGGUCUCUUGAAGUGGAGGCCAAAUCGCCAACUGACCGCAUACUCAACUGCCCUGUCUCCAAUGACAACGGGGUCUACACGGCCACUUUCCAGCCGGAUGAAGCUGGCGAAUGGAAGAUUUCCGUCACCUACGAGGGAGAGCACAUCCAAGGCAGCCCAUUCACAUGUUUCGUCUUCGAUCCGCAUGCCGUUAAGUUGCUGGACAUUACGGGAGCCAUCCCCGGAGAGAAAUUCACGUUCACGUGCGAUGCGUCGGAAGCCGGAUGGGGCGAGGCCAAGUUCGACUUGGUCCAUCGUGGCCGCUCCUUGCCACACACUGUCCGCGAGGUGGAGAAGGGCAUCUACAUGAUCACGUUCACGCCACAAGAGCGCGGAAAGCAUCGCGUCUACGUCUACUACAACGGCAUUGAAGUGAAAGGCUCGCCGUUCAGUUUACGUGUGGGCAGCGGGAGCAGUGGCAGUGCUGAUAAACAUAAUCACACCAGAGAUUCAAAGUACGGAGCCAGCAACACGGCCAGUUUCAACAAAACGAAGGAUACAACGACUGACAUUUCGGCCGAAAAGAUUCUGAGGCAAAUCAGUGCUAACCAUCAACGCAGCAAAGCUAACUCGAUAUUCAAUCAACAUCAAAACAGUCACGGACAUGGUGUUUCAUUCGGCUCAGAUGUCACCAACCGAUCGGUGAAUACCAAUGUCUCCUCAUUGGUAGACAAGGGUUACAGCACUCUAACCAGCGACCGUCGCCAUCUAACGGAGUUGAACCAAGAGAAACUCUACGCCAGUUUGGGCCGGGACAAGCGGCUGAGUUCAGUGGAGCGGGAAAACAAGCUCCUGUCGCCCGAGAAGGUCUUGUCGUUGAGACGAAAUUCGGCCGGAACAGGAGCCGACGCUGUCACGCACCCGACACAACCGUUGAGCUCCCUCUUCCAGUCCAGCAACGCAGAGGAAGUCAACGGAAGGUCAACCUCCAAAAUGUCGCGUGAAUUCACGACCAACGAAUCGAGGCGCUACGUCAACGAGACAUUCGAGUCAAGAUCGUCCAAUCACUUGUCAAGCGUCAACAAACACGAAUAUAAUUCCAACGAAAUCAGUUCUCCCAUCAAUCACGUCCUGACAAACAAAAGCGAAAGCAACCGGAUAGACAGCGCUUCAAACGUCAAAGUUUCGUCUAUGGCGUUGGGUGCCACGCCGUAUCGUCGAGACUCGUGGGAUGCAAUGGCCAAAACAGGAAUCGGCUUCAGUCCCGAUGAUAAACUCAACAGCUCAUCUCUUGCCCGUAACCUGUUUGUCGACUCGGUGCACGAUGAAUCAGACGCCGUCCAUUCACGUUUAACUUCCAUUCGCCAGUUCGAUGUAGCCAACGUGACGGUGACCGGCGAAGGUUUGAACUUGGCGCCAGUUGGACGCGUCACUACGUUCACCAUCCAGUCACGCGACAUGGAAGCCAAUGAUGUCAACGUCAAAAUCACAGGUCCGAAUCAGCGCAACAUUCCUGUUCAGAUUCAAAAGGCGCCUGGUGGCGUGAAUGUAUCCUUCAGCUCCACUUCAGUUGGCGAGUACACCAUUGACGUUCAAGUAAAGAAUCAACGUCUCGCUGGUGCUCCAUUCAGAUGUUUCGCCUACAACGCAGAAGAAAUCCGCGUCGGACGAGUCCCUAGUGGCGUCGUUGGCAAGCCCGUAGAAUUUGAAAUUGACGGUUCGACAGCCGGGUCAGGAAAUUUGGAGAUUCUGGUGAAUGGAGGACAUGUGACGAGUUACGUCCGUGAACUUGGAGAUCAAUGCUUCCUGGCCUCAUUUGUGCCUCAUCAAAGCACCGUUCACACAAUUGAGAUGAAAUUCAACGGCGAAACCGUACGAGGGAGCCCAUGGGAAGUAGAAGUGUCGGAGGGAUCUACAACGAUGCUGUCAAACGCCGCCAUCAAACCAGCCGUCAUCGGAGGUGAAGGAGUGCGCCAUUUCGCAGCGGGCAAGAUCGCCUCGUUCGAUUUGGAUUUGCACGGCAAGAGCCGAGACGCGGCCGCCGUUUCCAUCACCAGUCCCUCCAAGCGACAACUCUCGUCCCGUCUCGUCGACGGACCCACCAGCCAAGUGCACCGCGUCGAAUUCAAUCCCUCCGAAGUGGGCAGCUAUUUAAUAGACAUCAGUGUCGACGGACUCAAGAUCCAGGGCAGCCCCUUUGUGGCCAAAGCCUACGACAGCUCGCUCAUUCGUGUCACCGAUGUUACCAAUGGCGCCGUCGGUCAGCCAUGCCAAUUUAGAGUGGAUGCCAGCCAAGCUGGUGAGGGUCAGUUGGAAAUAUCCAUCAACGACGGAGAGGUGCCUAAUCACGUCCAGGUGCUUGGAGGUGGCAAGUGCUUAGUUAGUUUCACACCUGAAAUAGCCAAAAUUCACACCAUCGAGAUUAAAUUCAAUGGAGAGACAGUGCCAGGAUGUCCAUUCGUGUGCAAGAUAGCCGACACCAGUAGAGUUUCCGUUUCUUUGCGUAACAUGGAACUAGUGGCCGCGGGAGAAGUCGCUCAGUUUGAAAUCACCGUUGAUGGGACUGCUAAUUCCGAAUUGGCUGUGGCUGUCAAAGGUCCAACUACAAAUUUACCGGUGAAAAUAUCGGGUGGUGCACGCAAUACUUUCACAGCCGAAUUCAGCCCACGCGAGGUUGGCUCACACACAAUUAGCGUUGACUACAACGGCUUACCGGUCACCGGCACGCCAUUUGUAUGCAAAGUUUACGACUCAAAGAAGGUCUACGUUAGUCCAAUGCCAACCGGCGUGCUUCGAAAGAAUUUGCAAUUCACAGUGGACGCCAGUCAAGCUGGAGAAGGCAAUUUGGAGAUCACCAUUAGUGCGCGUGGACGCAACAUUCCAACCAAAGUCCAUCCUCAGGGAAGUGCUCGCUUUGCAGUCAGCUUUGUUCCUUUGGAGGCUAUUGAUCACGUCAUCACCAUUACAUUUAAUAAGGAAGCAGUGCCAGGAUCGCCUUUCAAUGCACCUGUUUUCACCGAACCUGACCGCAUCGUCGUCAGUGGCCAAUCGCUAGCUUCUUCCGCUGUUGGCAAAACUUCGUAUUUCAAGUUGAGCAACGUCACGGGAAGCGUCGAGGAUAUUGAAAUUAACGUUGAAGGGCCAUCUUUGGGAAAUACGGUGGCCGCUCAAGUGAAAGACAAUGGAGACCAAACGUUCCAGGCGGAAUUCACACCCAAAGUGGCCGGCGAGCAUCGCAUUCAUGUCCUUUAUGAGGGACAGCCUGUAGCUGGAUCACCUUUUAGUUGCAAGGUGUACGAUGUGACGGCCAUUAAGGUCAAAGAAGCUGCAAAAGGCGUAGUAGGAAAGCCGGUCACCUUCUUGGUUGAAACCAGCCAAGCCGGACCCGGCAAUUUGGAAGUUACCGUGAACGGUGGCCAGGUCCCUACGUCGGCUCAAGCACACGGUCUACAUACUUACGCCAUUUCUUUCACGCCUAAAGAUCCCAAGCCACAUGAAGUAGAGCUUAAAUUCAACGGAGAAAACGUUCCAGGGAGUCCAUUUAUUUGCCAAGUAAUCGAUUCACGCCAGGUCCGCGUUACUGGUGAUGGACUAGAAAAAACAUCCGUCAACCGCCCAGCCUCCUUCCUUAUUGACAUUCAAGGCCAGCCAAGCACUCUGGACGUCCGCGUCCUUUCACCGUCACGCCGUGUAGUUCCUUCGGCGAUUGACACUGUAACAGAAUCUCGUUAUUCGGUGACCUACACGCCCAACGAAGUCGGUGACCACAAUAUUGAAAUCAAAUACGCGGAUCUUCCUAUUCAUGGAAGUCCGUUCACCGUUAAAGCUUACGAUUCGGCAAAAGUCCGUGUCACUGAUGUCAACAACGGAGUUGUUGGGAAAUUUGUUUUCUUCAGUAUCGAUGCCAGUCAAGCGGGAGCCGGGAACUUGGAGAUUAUUGUUUCCGUUAAUGGCCGACACGUUCCGAAUUACGUUCAAUCGGAAGGCAAUGCAAAAUUCAAAGUUAGCUUCAAACCUCAAGAGCCCCUUCCACAUACGCUGAGUGUGCGAUUCAAUGGAGAGGCUGUUCCAGGGUCACCGUUCACUUGCAGAGUGACAGACGCUAAUCAAAUUCUGGUGUCGGGAGCUGGCGUCAAAAUGUCGCCGCUAAAUAAGCCCGCCUCUUUGUUAAUCGACUCACGCGGAGCUGAAAUGUCGGACUGUAAAGUCAGCGUCAUUUCAACUAGCGGCCAAGAUAUACCUGUCAACCUAGAAGUCAUUGAAGGGGGCAAAUUUAAAGCCGAUUUCCUCCCUUUUGAAGUUGGUCCCCAUACAGUUUCAGUAAUGAUGAAUGGGGAUGAACCGGUUGGAGGAAGUCCGUUCGUCUGUAAUAUCUACGAUGUGUCGAAAGUCUUAGUCACCGGAUUGGGUUCUGCAAAAAUCUGUCAGUCAAUUACUUUUACCGUCGAUGCAUCUCAAGCUGGCGAAGGCACUCUGGAACUUGUUGUGACAACUACAAAGUCCUCGGUUAAAGCCGACGUCCGGGCACGAAGUCGUGGUCUCUAUGACGUCACCUUCAUCCCGCAGGAAGCCGUUCCUCAUUUCGUCAACAUUACCUUCAACGAUGAAGACGUUCCAGGGAGCCCUUUCAAGUGUGAGAUCUCCGAUGAUGGGGAAACCGUUGGAAUGGCUAUCCGAGCACCACAGGAAACGAAGCAGGCAACUGCCAACGGAGAUGGUUUGAAAGAGGUUGCUCUUGGAGCACCGGCAUUUUUUGAAAUAGACACGAACGGAAUGGAUGGUCUGGUCGACGUCAAAAUCGUUGGACCUGGUGGAAACAUAAUCAGCAGCCAGAUUACCAGAAUGAAAAACGGUUUCUAUCGCGUAGAGUACGAACCCGAAGUGGUUGGUACAUAUCGUGUCGAGAUCUCUCAUCAGAGCAAGCCAAUCACCGAACACCCAUUCUACGUUGAGGUCACCGAUCCAGCCUCUGUCCGUAUUUCUGAGGUCCAUGAAGCCUAUGCUGGGAAAGAAAGCUAUUUCAUCCUUGACACUUCGGAAGCGGGUCGUGGAACAUUGCACGUAGCUCUUCGAGCCGCGAAUCAAAGCGUCAAGCACAACGUCCAAAAUCUUGGCAAUGGACUUUUAAAAGUAAUCUAUUUCCCAAAACUGCCCAUACCACACCGAGUGGAUUUGAGAUAUAGCGGAGUUCAUGCUUCAGGCUGCCCUUUUGAACUGAAAGUGAAAAAUCCAUAUUUGGGCAAAGAAAUACUGGCUCAUGGAACGGGUUUGUACCAGUGUCGAACCGGUCACAUCAACUCUUUCAUUAUCGACACGCGUGGAAGUAGCACCAAACUGUUUGACGUGGUCGUAGCCGGUCCUCAAGACAUGGCUGUUCCAGUUCGAUGUUAUCAGCAGAAAGAUGGCAACCUACUGGCCCAGUUUACACCACCCGUUUCGGGAGGAUAUCGGAUAGAUGUCCUCUAUGAUGGCAAACCACUUCGCGGAUCGCCUUUCACUGCUCAGGCUUAUGACGCCCAGAAAGUAACGGUCGACAACGUGCGGAGUGCUAACGUAUCGGUUCACGAGCCCAUAUCUUUCCAAAUCCGCAAACGAGAAGCCGGAAUGACUGCCAUCGACGUAACAGUGGUGACACCUACAUCGAAGGAGUUGCCACUUGAAGUCAAAUCGCUUCAAAACGGCGAAGGGGAUUUGGUAGAGUACCACCCAACUCUUCCCGGAAAAUAUAGUUUCAACGUCAUUUGUGGCGGCGAAGCCAUUCCAGGAUCACCUUUCAUUUUCGUCGCCGAAGAAGAAGGAUUGGCUAAAGCCCACGGCGAAGGUUUACUUCAUGGUAUCGAAGGAUUGCCUUCUCAGUUCACGAUUGACGCCAGGGGACUUGUUGGCGAACCAACCAUCCAGAUUGACGGACCGGAUAGCAUCUGCAAAUGUCAAGUUUUACAAGAAAGCAUCGGUGUGUUUCGAGCGAGUUAUACACCUCAAGAAGUCGGCAUUUUUGACGUUCGGGUUUUAUGGAACGGCCGAGAUAUUCACGGUUCACCUUUUCAUCCGAGAGUAAUCAAUCCGCGAAAAGUGCGUGUCAUCGGUGGCUGGGAGUCGCUGACAGAUAGCAAAAACAAAUUGAUUCUCACUUUAGGCGAAGAAAAAAAAAUUAGUUUCGAUACGUUGGACGCUGGCCCAGGCAUGUUAUUGGCUGAGAUCAGGAGUCCGUCAGGCCUAAUUAAGACAAAUGUCGAAACACCUAUGCCUCAUCGGACGCGAGUGGGUUUUACUCCGAUGGAAGUAGGUGAAUAUUCCAUCAAGUUCACCUGGAACCGCGUACCUUUACCCAACUCCCCUGUUGUGGGAGUGAUCAGCAUCGAUCUCCCGUCCGAGGAAAAUAAUCGCACCUUGCACAACAAAUCUCGGGCCAGCAGCAUCAGCAGCUCGAGUAGUGGGGGUGAUCAUAAGGUGAUUCUGACGGGCCAAGGCCUAGCCAAAGCCAUCACAGACACCGAAGCUGAAUUUACUAUCGACGGAUCACGGGCCGGCCCAGGAAUUCCCGAAGUAACAAUGACUGGUAUCAAAACGGAUUUGAACGUGACACUAACUUUGAUUGGCAACAACAUGUAUAGAGCUAGUUACACGCCAGAUACUGUUGGUGUCUACCUGUUGAACGUCAUGUGGGCGGAAAGACAGGUCAAGGGGUGCCCUCUGAAAGUCACUGUCAAUUCGACUGUGGAUGCCUCUAAAGUUAUUUGCUCCGGCGAAGGACUUAAAUGGGGAAUUUUGGGCCGAGAAAUCAAGAGUUUUAUUGACACGCGUAACUCUGGCCCUGGUGAACUUGCCGCUCAGUGUGUUGGCCCACAUAAAGUGGCUUUUUGUGAAUUGUUUGACCACUGCGACGGAACUUACAGUUUACUUAUCAAACCACAAGAGCACGGUCGUCACACCCUAAACAUAAAAUACGGAGGUCAACCUGUCAAUGGAAGUCCGUUCAAUUUGCGUGUAAUGGGUGCCCCAGACGCAACAAAAGUGAGAGUGCAUGGCCCAGGUAUUGAGCAUGGUGUUUUGGCGACUUUUCAAAGCCGGUUCUUGUGUGAUACCCGAGGAGCUGGUGCUGGUCAGUUAACGGUUCGAGUGCGCGGGCCUAAAGGUGCAUUCCGAGUUGAAAUGCAAAGAGAAAACCAGAAAGAUCGUUCGAUAGUAUGUAAAUACGAUCCGACGGAGCCGGGAGAUUACCGAAUUGAAGUGCGCUGGUCCGGAGAACAUGUCCCGGGUUCUCCUUUCAACGUCAUGAUUUUUGACACGCAAGAAGAACUCGGGCGAUUUGUUCAGGGUGGCUACUCUCCUCAACAAGGGAACAAUGUUGGGAGCGAAUUUUAUGGCGGGAGUAUGGGAUAUUCUACAGGAUUCGGACAGAUGAAUCUAAGCGCAGUUUCUUGGCGAGGUUCUCAGGCGCAACUGUAAAAUGUUCUAUCGUUGAAAUAAUCAAUUGUAUGGUGAUUAAUGAUUAUCAUUCUGUCGCUAAUCAUGAUUUCUACAAUCACGCAGCUUUUAUUUGUGCGUUGCUUUUUCUACAGCUCUCCAAUCAACGUGUUUUCCACAAAUUAUCCUUUCAACUCUAUUUGAUGACAAAAGCUUAUCGAUCCGUUUCUCAUCAUGUGUUUCUUUAUUUUUUGGGUUCAACUCCACUUGUUGUUCAUUACCAAACUUUGUCGUAAUUAUAAAUAAGGUCACUUGCACUUUGGUACACAUGUUGAAAUAGAUAUAAUCGUAACCAAAGCAUGGUUAGUUGUCUCUAGCUAUCCCUAACAUUGCGUCGCUGUUUAGUGAAUAAAAAAUGGAAUGAAAUAAAUCGACUAAAAUCAGCAA